UUGGCUCGCUAUAUAUAGGGGAGAAGCGGGAGGACCGGACGGCUGGAGCUGCAGCCGGUGGCGGCAGCGGCGGCGCGGGGAGCGGCGGCCGGUGGUGGUUUCCCUCCUCGGCGCCUGGUGGGGAGUGGGCGACGCCCCCCCCCCCACCGCCAGACCCGCCAAGGGUCGUCCUUUUUUUUUUUUUUUUUAGAUUUUGUUUCUUGAGGUUCCCCGGCUCCGGGCGGAGUUGCCCCCCUCGCCUCCCCCGUGCUCCUGCGGGAUCGAUCUUGUUUUAAAUUUUCGUCCCCAUCUUGUUGGUGACCUGGGUCACCCUUCGGCUUUUUCUUUUUUCCCUUUUUUUUUUUUUUUUUAAAUCUUGUUUCCUCGAGGUUGUCUCCCCCCUCCCCUCUUGUUUGUGUUGUGUGUGGAAAUGGCGAACUCGGCAAAUACAAAUACCGUGCCUAAAUUAUAUAGAUCUGUGAUUGAAGAUGUUAUUAAUGAUGUGAGAGACAUCUUUCUGGAUGAUGGAGUGGAUGAGCAAGUCCUCAUGGAACUAAAAACAUUAUGGGAGAAUAAGCUAAUGCAGUCUAGGGCAGUAGAUGGAUUUCAUUCAGAAGAGCAGCAGCUUUUAUUGCAAGUUCAACAGCAGCAUCAACCCCAGCAGCAGCAGCAUCACCACCACCACCACCAUCAGCAAGCUCAACCUCAGCAAACCGUACCUCAGCAAGCACAGACCCAGCAAGUCCUUAUUCCUGCAUCACAGCAAGCCACAGCACCACAAGUUAUUGUUCCUGAUUCUAAACUGAUACAGCAUAUGAAUGCAUCAAGCAUGAGUGCUGCUGCUACAGCUGCUACCUUAGCACUGCCUGCAGGUGUGACUCCUGUUCAACAGAUAUUAACAAAUUCUGGUCAGCUUCUCCAGGUGGUCAGAGCAGCCAAUGGUGCCCAGUAUAUCUUUCAGCCUCAACAGUCAGUAGUUCUACAACAGCAGGUUAUACCACAAAUGCAGCCUGGUGGAGUUCAAGCUCCUGUUAUACAGCAGGUCCUAGCUCCUCUUCCUGGUGGGAUUUCACCACAGACAGGUGUCAUCAUCCAGCCUCCGCAAAUAUUAUUUACAGGAAAUAAGACUCAAGUCAUACCUACAACAGUGGCAGCACCCACACAAGCACAAGCACAGAUAACUGCAACUGGCCAACAGCAACCACAGGCUCAGCCUGCUCAGCAACAAGCUCCAUUAGUGUUACAAGUUGAUGGAACUGGGGAUACAUCAUCUGAAGAAGAUGAAGAUGAAGAAGAAGACUAUGAUGAUGAUGAAGAGGAAGAUAAAGAGAAAGAUGGAGCUGAAGAUGGGCAGGUGGAGGAAGAGCCCCUCAAUAGUGAAGAUGAUGUGAGUGAUGAGGAAGGACAGGAACUCUUUGACACAGAAAAUGUUGUUGUAUGCCAAUAUGAUAAGAUACACAGGAGUAAAAACAAAUGGAAAUUUCAUCUCAAGGAUGGUAUCAUGAAUCUUAAUGGAAGAGAUUAUAUAUUUUCCAAAGCCAUUGGAGAUGCAGAAUGGUGAAGAGUUGUUUCUUUUCUUUUAUAAAUAAAACAAAAGAAACUUAAAAAAAUUUAAAGUGGAUGCUUUGAAACUUGGACAUAUAUCAACCAAAACUUCACUUCUGCAUGUCAGCAAAGUGCAAGUAGAAACAAAGCUACUGGAACAAAGAUAGACCUUGACAACAUAGACACUACUUCUAACUGGCAAGCCAUGGAACUGUAGCACCUGGGUUACUUGGGGUGGGAGGGAAGGGUUUUGUGUAGGAGAACCAUAAUUGUCAAUUUUAAAUACAGGAACCUGCCACUGGUAAUUAGCAUGUAAAGCUUUGUCUAUAUACCUUCCUCCAACUUGGGCUCAACCAGAAGUUGCUUGUUGGAAUGAAUUGAAGAAACUUCCCUUUUGAUAGAUUGAACUGAAACUGCUUAUUGUAUGUGGUUAUAUUUGGUAAAAAUGGAGUGUGAGCUUUUUACAAAAGGGCAAAAUUAUGGUGUUGAAUUUUAAUUCACUUGUAUAAGAAAAAAUUUAAAACUCAUAAUAGGUCUUAACUAUUUUUACUUGUUAUUUUCCCUCAAUAAUAUAUACCUCUUCUUUGCUUUAUGAAACAUCUAUUUAAGAUGUACAGGAAAUAAGUGAUCACAGUUUGGAGACAGUUUGACCCAGAAAUGAAUAUUUUAAUUAGGUUUUCAUACUUGUUAAAUAUAAUUUGAAGACUUAGGUCUUAUCUGAGUUGAAUGGAAUUAAAAUGACAACUUUAAUUUCCUUACUAAAAACUUGUUUUUUUUUUCAUAUUUCAAAAUGAAGCCCCAUAUUGAUUUGUCAAGAAUACAUUUUUAUUUCACAAGGGUACUAUCUAGCUAAAAAUUAAAUAGACAUGAAUAUAUGGAAAUUUUUCUUGGGUGGAAGUGUGUGCUUACAUAUAUAGACAUAUAUGGUCUUGAAGUGAAACUGUCAGAUGACAUUCUGUACAUUAAAGCAUAAGGGCAGGUGAUGAGGAUCUGAAUUUUUAUUAAACAAUUUAGUAAUUACAGAAGUUUCUUGUGUUUACUAGUAAAGAAUGUAAGAAAACUAUUAUUUUAAUUUAACAACGUUUUUAAAAGCAACUUUGUAAUUGAGGGGGGAAAUAGGGGUGGGUAGAGGGAGGUGGGCCACUAAGUACAUAUUUACCUCUUUUUAAUUGGGUGGCCCUUCCCGGCCACUGAUAAUACAGACUCUGGCCACUGAUAAUACAGGCUCCAGUUUGCACAUUGGAAAUAAUAAGCAUAUACAUUUGACUUGUAUAUUAAAAAUAAUAGAAGUUUAAUAUUUAUAUUAAGAAUGGUUAACUAUUUCUGCAAUAGACUCUAAAGAACAAUGUGGCAUUGCUGUGUUCAUUGUGAAUCAGCUGCCUGGGAGACCUGCAGCAACACUCACCUCCACCUUUUUGUUUUUAGUGACAAUUCUGCUUUCCAAGUGUUUUGACAAAAUUCUCAUUAUAUAUAUAUAUAUAUAUAUAUGUCUUCCAUUUGCCUUUAUGUGUUUCUUAGGAUCAGACAAACACUUUAUAUUACCAAGGAGAAAACUGAGCUAUAUAGUGUUUCUUACGCUGUUUUAAUGAAAGUCAUCAAAUAUUUUCAACAAAAAGCUAUUCAACUUUUUCUUUUUGGCCCACUUUCCACCUCACUUGCCAGUUUGUUCUCUUUAACUUACAUUCAAAGAUUGGUAUGAACGGUAUUAUCUAGUAUGCUAGUAGUUAUGUUUGACAUAGAUACCAUAACUGCUAAUAGUUUUAAUUCUGAUUAUUCACUUUGCUUUCUGGAGUGAUGUUUGUUACCACUCAAAGCACACACAGUUUUAUUGUUUAUUAAGACUGGGAGGAGGGAGUAAAAAUGGAGAAGUUGUGUUGUUCAUUUGUCCUUCAGUAUAGUUACUGGUAGGUUUAUAAUUACUCAAUGAAGAAGUCAGUGACCUAAACUACCUAUGAAAGUUUAGCAGUGUUGCUGAAAUGAAACUAGUUAUUCAGUAGUUGUUAGCUACUGAAACUUGAUAGUCAGCACAUGGCUUGGGCCCUUUUUGUAGAUAAACAUCCAUAUUCAUAGUAGCGUAUUAUAUACUGGCCUGUUUUUAAAAGCUCUUAUUUUCAAACAUGAACAACCACUGCUUUCAGAAUGACUCACGAGGCUUAUUUUGAAGCAGAAAAUAGCCAUUUGUAUUUGCACCUGUGUAUUAAUUAUAGCAUAUUUGGCAUAUUAAUUAUAGCAUAUUUGGCAAAUGCUUUUGUCUGUGAAAACUAAGAGCUGGUUCAAACAACACUGCAUACCAAAUUGUGCUCUUAUAUACUAUUGCAUUGUAUUCCUUUU